AGAGCACAACUUAGUAGAAGCUGUGCUUUUAUUCAAUAUGGUGCAGUACCCUUUUUGUGCUUUGCUUAUGCUUAGUCUACUGAUCUUCUUGGCCACCAUUCCAAAUGCCUUCUUCACCCAAGCAUGCCUAACCACUGGCUAUCUACGAGCCGACGCAUACCAGACCCGCUGCCCCGGCGUGGAAGCAAUUGUCUUUGCAGGUGUAGAGCAGGCCGUGGCCGACGACCCACGAAUGGCUGCGUCGCUUCUCCGUCUACAUUUCCAUGAUUGCUUCGUUAAUGGGUGCGACGCAUCGGUGCUGUUAGACGACACACUUACAUUUGAAGGAGAGAAGACAGCAGCGCCUAACUUGAAUUCACUGAGAGGGUUUGAGGUGAUUGAUGCUAUCAAAUCAGAGCUGGAAUUUGCAUGCCCUGAAACCGUCUCUUGCGCUGAUAUUCUUGCAAUUGCAGCUCGCGACUCUGUUGUGCUUUCAGGUGGGCCCACAUGGCAAGUGCUGAUGGGAAGGAGGGACAGCUUGUUCGCCAACAAGGGAUUAGCGAAUAAAAACAUACCCGCUCCAAAUUCUGAUGUGGCAACGCUCGUCAGUAAGUUUCAGAACGUCGGAUUGUCCCAGAAAGAUAUGGUUGCCCUUUCAGGUGGUCACACCAUUGGAAAAGCUCGGUGCUCAACAUUUAGCACUCGCCUAAAGGGCAGUAGCAGUUCCGAUAGUCCAGGCCUUGAUAAAGACUUCCUCGCUUCAUUGCAACAGCUAUGCUCUGAAUUUGAUAACAAUAACAUGACAUUAGCUGAGCUCGACUUUGUGACACCAGCUACCUUCGACAACCAAUACUACACCAACCUCUUAUCUGGAGAGGGCCUACUCGCAUCCGACCAAGCCCUUGUGGCCGAAGAUGGCAUCGCCACCCGCAAUCUUGUGGAGACAUAUGCCGAGGACCCACAAGCCUUCUUUGAAGACUUCAAGACAUCAAUGGUGAAAAUGGGGAGCUUGAAACCACUUACUGGGAAGAGUGGCCAAAUUCGUCAUAAUUGCCGGAUUAUGAACUAAAUUAUAUUAUGUCUACUUAAUUCCUAGAUUAGAUGUUGAUUAAGUGGGUGUGCUUUCUAUUGUAUGCUUUGGAUGGUUGUUUGUUCUGGUGUUGAUUGUGUGGGUGUGGA